AUCUUAUACAAUACCUGGGCAAUCCACCUACCAAGAUCUAUAUUUCCUAGAUUGUGGACACGUAAUUCACAAAAUCAAGGCUUCCAAGACGACCACGUGAUUCGUCUCUCAAGCGAGGUUGGAAAGAAAACUCAUUAUUUGACCGUCUAUCCCAUCUGCGAAAACUACAACAGAGACUAGCCCACCAUGGCUGAAGUCCAAGCCAAGCUCCAGGCACUGUCUGAAGAGUAUCAAAAAUUGCAGCAGGAGCUACAGACUGCUGUCGACGCCCGCCAAAAGAUUGAAGCCCAGAGACAAGAAAAUGUUGGCGUGCAAAAUGAGUUUGACAGAUUAAAAGACGGCGAGAGCAUAUACAAGCUCGCCGGGCCCAUCUUGUUAAAGCAGGACAAGGUAGAGGCAGAAAGUACUGUCAAGGGACGACUUGAAUUCAUUGGAAAGGAGCUUGAGAGAUCGGAGAGUCAUAUCAAGGAGAUAGAGGAGAAGCUGGAUAAGAAGAAAGGAGAGAUCAUACAGACUCAAGCCGGCCUUCAAGCUGCCAGCCCUGCUCCUGGAAAGGCCACAGCGAAAGCUUAGGUAUGGGACGAUGGAUUUGGGGAACUACGCCGCCCGUACAGUGACGAGGCUGCCCCCCGUCAGAUAUCAAAACUCGGAGCGUAUUAUCGUGUCAUAGCCAUCCUUUCCACCUUUGUGUGAGAUACCAACCCAAUGAAAAAUAGUUUGACUCUUUUUGACUUCUCUUCCCCCUGUAUAUCAGACACUGGGACUACCAUCGACUCAUUUUACAAUGCCUAGGUAGGCAGGCAGACAGGCAGGCAUUGCAAGAUUUCCGCUCUUGGUCAGCUACUCAUUUCAGACCCAUGAGUUCCCUAUCUCUGAUGUUCCCUACAAUAAGGAGGUAUUUGGCUUAGCAGAUAGGCUUGUGGUAGGUCCUUAUGUUAGUGCCUAUGUGUUCCCGAGACAGACAGGCUUUUCUGCGCCACAUCUAUGCAAGGAAUGACGUAAGUCAGAUCCAAAACCUGCCCCGCCAUGUGGCUUUCACGCUAGAGGAGGGGCGGGCAGGGGCGGACAACCUUGAUGGGCUCCCGCUGGAGCCUGCAUCUGAGAUCUAAGCUGGAAGUAGAACCAGCGCGG